AUGAAAAAUGUGGAACCUUCAUCAAAAACUUAUAUUCCUGUGAUAGUCCUAGAAGAAACUGAUAAAAGUACUAAAGGAAUAAAACUAUCUCCCAUAUUAUUCCCUAACUCAAAUAAGACAGAAACGGUUAUCAUUCCGUAUGCCAAAGUAAAAGUGUGGGCUGAGGAAAUAUCAGCCAAGUUGCAUGACGUUGAGAAGAAAGUAGUGCGUCCCGAAAUUCUUCAAAAAGGCUUUGCAAACGUCAAAAUGGGAACAAGGGAUGGAGCCGCCAUUGUGCAGGAAAUGGCUGCAAGCCUAGAGGACCUGUUGAAAAGGCGGGCGGAGGCUGCGGGGAAUAUUAUGCGGAAAGCCGAAAAACUAUUUGCGGAAAAAACUCACCCGGAUACAAAUUACAUUUUCGAUAAAAGUUUAAACAUAAAUGAAAUAAAGAAAAAACCAGAUAAACCGGAAUAUUGGGAGAAGCCACUGAAUUGCUCUAGUAUGAGAAAAGUGCCGCUUAAGAAAAUGACUCAUUUUGGCGGUGACAUUGGUGUAUCUCUCGACAUUUCAAGCGUUCAAGUCGCUCAAGAAGUUUACGAGUGUGAUGAGCGAGUGUUGCCAGACAUAUUUUGGUCAGAAGGACUGCUAGAGACAUUUCGGCAGAAUUAUGAACAAGACGCCAUGACGGAUUUCCAGUACUUUUGCAGCGUCAAAGGAUUUCUUAGACAUUACCCAGCGGCGGAAUGGUCGUCGUUUUUCAAAAUACAUUUAAGUGACUAUCAAGAAGAUGUAGCGGAUGUGUACGACUGUCGCCUGCGCCCGUGGUAUGUGGCGGCUGGUGGCGCCCCUAGGGAUAUACUUGUACUCUUUGAUGCCACUGGCUCCAUGGUCAACUCUACAAAUAAAGUAAACGCAGAGCAAUUUACGCAAACCUUACUAAAUGCACUCACCGAUGACGAUCAGGUCAAUGUCCUACGAUUCAACGAGAAAGUCAAAGUGGAAUCGCCCAUCGCGUGUUUUAAUGAUAAACUCGUAUCUUCUCACCACGUAAAUUCAGCUGCAAUGUUGGCCGUACUAAAGGAUUACUUAGUAACAAAUUAUACACAUUUAGAGAACGUUAUACGUGAAGGAGUAAGGAUUUUACAAAGAGAACAAUACAGGACCGAGAAGCCACCUUCGUGUCAGCAAGCCAUUGUACUGAUCGCAGAUAGCAUUCCUCUUAACUACACUGAUGUUAUGAGGAAAGCCGAUCCCACAGGGCGCAUAAGGUUGUUCGUGAUAUGGUUACACGACCCGUUUGGCCUGCGCGAUGACUCUAAAGAAUACGGUCAGUGGCUGAGCUGUACUAGUGACGGCCAUUUCGCGGAACUGGUGACUUCCAGUGACGUCACGGAGCAGGUCAUGCACAUCCUUCACGUGCUCGAGCGUCCGCUUGUCGCGCAACGCAACAAGCGGCUUAGGAUAUUCAGUGAUAUUUAUGCACAAGUCGAGGACCCUCGAAGAAGUGAAUUCUACUGGAGAAGAAAAGAAGAUGACGAGCAAAGGUACCGAUAUUCACAGCUGAGGAAAAACAAGGACAAAUUUCUCUCGGAAUUAGAAAAGUAUAAGCACUACAUGAGACAAGAGAAUCUUAAUGACUCUGGUCAAUAUUAUGAACUAGAAAAUAUUCAUUACCGACUUCAAAUUACCGUCUCUGUACCCAUCUUUGACGAAACAACCAGUGAGAAUGUUACAAUCCGACUGUCUGAAGAAAAGGCAAGAUGGUCUACAAGAACGUACCCGGUAAAUCGACUUUUGGGCGUGGCAGGUGUCGACAUACCAAUUGACCAUUUGAGAUUAAUUCUUCCAUAUUAUCGGUUAGGUGCUGGAGGAUCCCUGUUCAUCAUUGAUCAUAGAGGCAAUAUCGUCCUGCACGACAACGUCAAGCCUGUUUUUGAAGGUGACAUUUUGAGACCUGGUUACCGAACCGUGGAUAUGAUAGAUUUGGAGCAACCAGGAGAAAACUUGCCUCCAAGGGACUAUACUAAAACCUGGCUUGAUUUUCGCAAAGCGCUUUUAAUCGAUCAAGCCAAGGGCAGCCGAACGAUGUAUGCUAAGAAUAUCUUUGAGCUAGGGAUGAGAUCGAUACAAGAGGAGAGAGAGUAUCACUGGAAAAGAGUUUUGGAUCAUUAUACGGCGGUAGUGGCGAUACCAAAAUACAACAGACGCUAUCCUGUACAUGAGGGAACUUUCAGCCGGGACUUGGCUGCAAAGGCAUUUGAAUCUAUUAUGAAACGCGAUUUUGCUGUACAUCCUGAAUGGUUGUACUGCAAACACGUGGACCAGCACUUUGACGAAGCUGAAUUCGAAGUACGUCACUUCGUGAUGCGCCGCAAAGAGGAAGCAAACUUCCCUAUGAAGAAAUUGAAGCACACAAUGUCGCACUUGCCGCCGACUUUACUGGAAAAAACUUAUCAGUGCAACGAAGAACUGAUGGUAAGACUGUGUAAAGAAGCAAUAGCGACGGAGCAAUGGGCCGACGAGACGCAGGAUGAAUGCGUAGGUUGCGAGCUUGGCGCUGUGACUGCAUUUUUUGCUACGGAGAGCGGUUUUACGCGGUGGAACCAAUACCGAGUGACAUCAUCUCACGCGGAUGCACCCAGUGGCCGUGAAUGGCCGCGUGGUCCCGAAGAACCAUGGUACAAGCGCGCCGCCGCUGCUCCUCCAGAUACCUUGAUCGUCCAUGCGCCCGUUAUGCCUUUACAAAGAUUCAGGAGAGCUGAAGACACUUUGCCUCCCCGGAGCAUCAGAGAUACGUGGCUUACAGCAGCGCGGCCUCUAAGUAGGCAUUCCGACAAAGGUGUUAUUGGUGUGGCAGGGUACCACUUCUACCCUAAGCAUUUAGAAGAUGUUGUCAAGGCUGUAAGCGACUAUAAUUGCAAUGACUGCCAGUACCAAUGUGACGGCGUCAAUUGGACGUGCGUUCUGAUAGACGAAAACGGGUGGAUCGUAGCCGGACACUGGAUAGAAGAAGACGAGAUCACUGAGGAAGAUCCUGUCAGGGAACAUUUAUCACGACUACACCCACAUGCAAUGAGAGCUUUAUUGGACAAGAAAAUCUUCGAACUCAAUUGGAUUCAUGAUUACCAAGGCGUCUGUUUCCCGUCUUUGAAAAAAGGCAGCACAGCUUCAAUGGUGAUGCCUACGAUAAUAAUGUCAUUGUUGAAAUCGGUUAGCUUACUCUUCCAUAUUGCUAGAGAAUUUAUAACUGUAAUCACUAUACUAAGCUCAAAUGCUUUGGUAGCAGCUGACACGGAGUUUGAAAAACAGAAGCGACGGAAUCGUACCAAGCGAGAUUACGAGCGGGAGAAAUUCGAACGGCUCCACGACAAUCGAAUUCUUGUCAACCGAACUUUUUUCUUGGCCUGUGAUAGAUCAAGGCCGUUAUAUGUGUUAACUCGCGACCAACGCAAACUAGAUCUCCUAAAAGGACCAGCAGACGCGUGCAAAUGGCCGUUGGUGGGCGCUCCAGUGCCCAAGACCAAUCUCAUACUGCUUGCGAUUAUGAACAACACAUUAUGUACCCAUUCGAAGACCGGAACUCUGCCUAAUGAUCCGUUUGUCAAUCAACCGUACUAG